UCAGUCAUUUCAAAAUAAUUUUACGCUUAACUUCAGAGACCACCGCGUCACAUACCUCAGUCAUAGGACCAUAGUUAAUGAAAAAAUGCCUCAUGAAGAACAUGCGUUGCUCCUAAUGUGCUGCUGGCAACGAGACUUUCAGGCUACCAACCCCUCUCAGUUUCAUUGAGCUGUUACAGUGUUGAAGUUACCAUCAUUUUUUAGUUCAUUUUUCUCAAGGUUUCUCGACAGUCAGUGGACCGCGUGUCACAAUAUAAGUACAGUAGCAGGAAUUUCGCAAGUGCGUUUUGCUCGUCGAAUCUCACUUGGGCUGUUUAUACUUGUAUAAUGAGUCGCAUUUAUAGUAACGAUAGUCUGACUACGUUACCUGUGAAAACAUGUCAUGUAUCUGAAUGGUUCAUUGGGAAGUUUACUGCAAAAGGCGAUGGGGUUUUGCUAGAAGGAAAAGUUACCAAAAAAUCGAGGUAUGCAAUCGUCGAUAAUACUAAAAAUAAGCAUCGAUAUUUCGUCUUUCACGUCAAAGUAAAACAAGCACAUCGUCGAAAAUUUGACGGUUCUGGCAAAGAAACAACACCAAAUUUUAGCGCGAAAACGAAAGUUAGCACUGGUUAUUUGAUGUCCUCUUAUAAAACAGUAGACAAAGGGAAAACAGAUAAAAUAGAAAACAUGAAGCUGAAAGAAAUAAUCGGAUCAGAACAGCUUUUGAGCAUUACUGAAAAUGGCCCUGUUUCUGAUGUGAUUCCAUUUUGGAUAUCAGAAGAAAAUGUGGAACAACUUGAUAUUGACAUUGAUAAUGAAGUAAGGCUGAAGACAAAAAGUGAUUCUCAAUUUAUUGAUCAAUUACUAAGGAUUGAAAUAGAGUCUCGAACAGUGGGUAACAUGGCAGGCGAUGAAAAAGUUGGAUCAUCAUGGACAGAUAAAAUAUUGGCAAAUAAAGGUGGUGAUGUAUCAAACAAGGUGCCUGUAGUGGAAGGUGUGGAUGAAGACGAAUGGGACGACUGAACGAAGUUGUUGUGGUUCCACUGCAAUCUAGUUUACCAGUAAAUAUUGCACUCGAAACUGGAAAAGAUAAUCCAUUUUGUAUGGUAUUUUAUUACAUAUAUGUCAUCUGAAGUAUACAUUUAAAAUCACAAUUUUAUAUUUAUUAUAAAUACUGAAAUAUGUAAAGUCAAAUGUUUGAAUUUGGCUGUAAAAUAUAUCUGUAUAUGGAAAGUAUCACUCAUCAAUGAGAUUGAAUGCUUUGUACCUCUGCUAUUUUGACCAAGUUUCUAAAUAAAUAAUUGACACAAAAGUUUCCAAGUAUUGUUUCCAUUUCAUAAUUACUGGACAAAUAUGCUCAAUUGUUUUCAAUUUUUUUUUCUGCUCAAAAAUUUUAUGAUUAAAAACUUUCUGUUUCCAUUUUAUAAUUGCUGGAUAAAUGCUCGAUUAUUUUCAAUUUUUUUUCUGUUUAAUAUAGUGCAAUAUACACUUUUAAAGCCCUAGACUGAGAGUAUAGUUACCAUCACUGACAAUCUUGUUAUGCAGAUUAUCAUCAUGGCAUGUUGAUUCACAUAAUGUAUCGUAGUAAUAGUAUAGUAAUAUCGCGUAAUAUCAAUGACGAACUGAAACUGAGUAAUAGGCCUAUUAUAUAUCAAGUAAUUCAUUGAAGAUAUACUUUAUAAGAUAUAGUUCAAUUUGAAUCAAUUAAUUACUUAGUGUAAAAAAAUGACCCAUCCUCGCAUCAUGUCAAAUUCAAAAAAUUAAUAUCAUUUUUCAAUUAGAAGUUCUCCUGCUUAUAAACACAAUAAAGAAAGUACCAAAAGUGAAACUAUUCGCCUUUAAGAUCUAAUUAUACCAAAGUAAAUAUAUUAUGUAUAUUAGAUGUAUUGACAUUAUGUGUUUUAUGUUGAUGACAAUAAGCAUGAUUGUGAUAUAUACACUUCAAUUACUUGUGGCUGCAGUUAUUUGUGUGGAUAUUCUCUUAACAUUUUAUGCUAUCAUAUUAUAAUUACAUUAUAUAUUCAAUUAUGCACUGUUUCGUGUUUGGCACUAUUAACAACUAUCUUAUUUUAAUUUACAUUCAUACAUUUGUAUUUCAAG